CAAACCCCACAUUAACAAAGGACAAAGUGACAACAGCUGCAGAGACAGAGAGAGCAACCAGGCAUUUGUAAUUGUAAUUGGAGGCGAGUCGUAGAGUAGAAAGUCUCCCACCAAUCAUGUACAGAGCCGCAGCCUCACGCCUCAGGCUCAGGUCUCUCAAGGGUCAAACGUGCAAUGGGGCAUUGGCCAGAUUUGCAAGUUCUAGUGCGGUUGCCAAAAAUCCAUCCUCUGCUUCAGGGGCUCUCUUUGGCUGGCUGACGGGGGGAGGAUCAAAGUCUUUACCUCCUCUGGACUUCCCACUUGCAGGUGUCACGCUCCCACCACCAUUGCCAGAUUAUGUUGAACCAAGUAAAACCAAGAUUACCACUCUCCCAAAUGGUGUCAAGAUCGCUUCUGAAACAUCGGCAAAUCCUACAGCCUCAAUCGGGUUAUAUGUUGAUUGUGGGUCAAACUAUGAGACACCAGCAUCAAUUGGGGCCACAGACCUGCUACGGCGUAUGGCCUUUAAGAGCACAAGAAACAGGAGCCACUUGCGUGUUGUGCGUGAAGUGGAGGCUAUUGGUGGCAAUGUGGAAGCCUCAUCUUCUAAGGAGCAGAUGAGUUACACCUUUAAUGCUUUGAAGACUUAUGUUCCUGAAAUGGUAGAGCUUCUUAUUGACAGUGUGAGGAAUCCUGUUUUCCUGGAUUGGGAGGUCAAUGAAGAGCUUCAGAAGCUGAAAGCUGAGACUAGCGAAACUUCUAACAACCCUAAAAAUUUGCUUUUGGAUGCAAUUUAUUCUGCUGGAUAUUCUGGUGCACUGGCGAAUCCAAUUUUAGCCUCAGAAUCUGCAUUCUAUAGACUGAAUAGUACAAUUCUGGAGGAAUUUGUUUCUGGCAAUUAUACUGCUCCUCGGUUGGUACUUGCAGCUACUGGUGUUGAGCAUGAUGAACUCUUAUCUGUUGCAGAACCACUUUUGUCUGAUCUACCUAGUGUCUCUUGUCCCGAGGAGCCAAAAUCUGUUUAUACUGGAGGUGAUUAUCGUUGUCAAAGUAAAUCUGGGAGAACCCAUUUUGCUCUUGCAUUUGAACUCCCUGGUGGCUGGCAUAAGGAGAAGGAGGCUGUAAUUUUAACUGUGCUUGAGGCACUAAUGGGAGGUGGUGGAUCCUUCUCAGCUGGUGGACCUGGAAAAGGGAUGUAUUCACGCCUAUACACUCAUGUUUUGAAUGAGCACCCACAAUUUCAGUCAAUUUCUGCAUUCAGCAGCAUCUACAAAAAUAGUGGCAUAUUUGGCAUCCAAGCUACCACUGGUUCCAAAUUUGUGUCAAAAGCCAUCGAUAUAGUGGCUAAGGAGCUUAUUGCAGUCGCAACACCUGGAGAAGUUGACCAGGUACAGCUGGAUCGUGCUAAACAGUCAACAAAGUCUGACAUCCUAAUAAAUUUAGAAUCCAGAAUAUGUGCAUCAGAAGAUAUAGGUAGACAAAUUUUGACCUCCAGUGAGAGGAAACCUGUGGACCAUUUCACGAAAGCUGUUGAUGAAGUUACUGUGAAGGAUAUUACUUCAGUUGCCCAAAAGCUUCUUUCUUCCCCACUUACGAUGGCAUCAUAUGGAGAUGUUAUUUACGUUCCAACCUAUGAUUCUGUCAGCAGCAAGUUCGAUUCAAAAUGAAGUGGCUUUCGUGUAUAAAAACUGCUUGUACUAAUAUUAUUCAACAUGUGCAUAUCUUCAAGUUCUCAUACCCUUGAUUGCAGUUGAAAAUUGAGGAAGUUCUGACGUUCUGAUUUCUAGUAUAUAAAAAGCGGCUAGGCUUGCUAGGCCAGGCCGCUGAAAGUGGUGUUACUUUUGAGCCUUCAGUUUCACAAUGGGACAUACAUGCUUAAUUAUUUGUACGGUUGAUCAUUGAGAAUUAGUACUAAAUUUACUGUAAA